UUCGUCUUCAUCGCUAGGGUAUUUGGGGGUUUUUUUUUAGAGGAAGAAGAAGAAAAGGUUGGAUUUUUCAGCAUUCAAACUUGAGAGUAAGCAACGAGGGUUUCUAUGGAUGAAAGGCUAGAUAUAAGGGAAGGUCGUUAAGUCGAAGUCUGCUAUAAAGAGAAUGGCUUUAAAGCCGUUUGGUACAAAGCCAUUAUCGAGGCAACGAAAUCGAAAUCUGGUUCCAUAAAACACAGUGUCCGCUUGCUCAAGGAUGAUUUCGCGACUCCUCUUACCCAACCCUCCCUAAAUAUCUUGCUUCGACCUCUUCCCCCUCGCCAUUUGCAAGCUCGCAUCAGUAUCAAGCAAGGCUGCGUCGUCGACGCUUACCACAAAGAUGGGUGGUGGACUGGGUUUGUCAUCAAAGAGUUGAGGGAUGAUAACAACAAGGGUUGUUGUUUGAUGUUCUUCGAUUCACCGCCUGAUAUCAUUCUCUUCGAGAGAAAGGAUUUGAGGCCUCAUCUUAAAUGGGUCUACAAGAAAUGGUGGGUUAUGCCAAAGUUACAGCUUUUGGCUGAGGAGUCUAUGUUUAGCCCUGGAACAAUGGUGGAAGUGAGUUCCAAGACUGAUGAGAUGGAAACUGUUUGGGUUCCUGCAAUGAUCAUCAAAGAGAUUGAAGAGGAUGAUGAGACGAGGAAAUAUAUUGUCAAGUUUUGCAAUAAGCCUUUGAGCUGGGAGGGUAGUAAGGAAACAUUCAACGAAACUGUUGAUUCACAAAGUGUUAGGCCUAAACAGCCUCCGUUUUUCGUUGAAGGGUAUAAAUUGUUGGACUGUGUUGAGGCGUUUCGUGGUUCGAGGUGGCGUAAAGGGAUAGUGAAUCGAUUUGUCUCUCAGAAAUCGUAUAUGGUGAGUUUCGAGGAUACAAAUAAGCAGUUGAGAUUCAAUCACUCGGAUCUAAGGCCUCCAAUGGAGUGGGAAGAUGGGGUUUGGAAGACAAGGGAAUCGCCAUUAACUCAAGGUUCAGAAAAUAAUAUGGGUGAUUCAGUGAUGAAUGGUAAUACUUCUCCAUCACUAGCUGAUGAAUCUGUUUCACCUGUAACCUCGUCCCCGGUUAUAAUAUCAACACCGUUGAAAUAUACAGAGGCUGAAACUCAAAGAAAGACCUUUCCCAAGAAGACACUUCAGCCAAUGAGGAAGAUACAGGAACUAGAAAGGUACAACAAAGAGAUGCUAGAUGAAACUAGCGAAAAGCGCAAGGCUGAACAAGAGUGUGGUGUGAUGAAACGCAAGAUACUUGAUGUGAAACACAAGAUUAUGGAGCUGCGGAGGCAAGAAGCAGCACUGAGAAAACAGAAGGAUGCAACCUACGAAAAGAUAAAUCAGAUGGAGUCACGCGCAAGAGAUCUUGGUGUAGAGCUUGAAGAUGUGGAGUUUGAGUUUGAGACACUUCUGUAUAAGCAAAAAAAGCGUAAUGGCGUAGGAGGAGGAGGAAUAUCAAAAGGAUCAGUCUCAAAACUUCUUUUUGAGUCAGGGAGAAGCUGACGUGGCAAAGAUUAAAUCAUAAUUAGUAAUGUCUGAUCUUAAAAAUGUCAUUACAAAAAGCCAACUGAAUCGUAUUUUGUUUUAACCGUAAGAUAAUACGACAAGUCGACGACCACAAUACGAUGGGCUCGUUAA